AUGAGAGGAGGUAUUUGCAGUAUACAGCUUCAGGCUCUGACACCAGAGGCUGCAACUGUUGUUAAACAAGCAGUUAAUCUUGCAACAAGAAGAGGCCAUGCACAAGUGACUCCUCUGCAUGUUGCUAGUGCUAUGCUUGCAACUUCCACAGGACUUCUACGCAAGGCUUGUCUUCAGUGCCAUUCUCACCCUCUUCAAUGCAAAGCUCUUGAGCUUUGUUUCAAUGUUGCACUCAACCGUUUACCAGCUUCCACACCAAGCCCACUUUUGGGUCCUCAGUAUUCCACUCCUUCACUUUCCAAUGCAUUGGUUGCAGCCUUCAAACGUGCUCAGGCUCACCAACGCCGUGGAUCUAUUGAGAACCAGCAGCAACAUAUUUUGGCUUUGAAAAUUGAGGUGGAACAGCUCAUAAUCUCCAUCCUUGAUGACCCAAGUGUGAGUAGAGUCAUGAGAGAAGCUGGUUUCUCUAGCACCCUUGUUAAAAGCAGGGUUGAACAAACUGUUUCAAUGGAAGUUUGUUCACAAAAUCCUCCUGAUAGGAGCCAUUCCAAAGAAAGCACCAAGCCUCAAGUUCUUUUGGGUGGGGCUUCAUUCAUCAAGCCUAUGGACCAUGUGAAUAAUGAUGAUGUAACUAGUGUGUUGAGUGAAUUGGUGAAGAGGAGAAGAAACACAGUGAUUGUGGGGGAGAGUCUUGCUAAUGCUGAGGGAGUAGCUAGGGGAGUGAUGGAUAGGUUUGAAGUAGGCAAUGUUCCUGGAGACUUGAGGUAUGUUCAAUUUGUGAGUCUUCCUCUUAUAUGCUUCAGGAACAUUAGUAAGGAGGAAGUUCAACAGAAGCUUGUGGAGGUAAGAAGCCUUGUGAAAAGUUAUGUGGGAAGAGGGGUUAUUCUUUAUUUGGGUGAUCUAAAAUGGUUGUUUGAAUUCUGGUCAAAUUAUUGUGACCAAAAAACCAACUAUUACUGUUCUGUAGAACAUAUGGUCAUGGAGCUAAAAAAUUUGGUCAGUGGAAGUGGGGAGAAUAGUAGACUUUGGCUUAUGGGAAUUGCAACUUUUAAAACAUACAUGAAGUGUAAAAUAUGUCUCCCAUCCCUAGAAACUAUUUGGGAUCUUCAUCCUUUCACUAUUCCUGUUGGCAGCUUGAGCCUAAGUUUAAAUUUUCACAGUGAUUUUAAAGCUCAGGAUAGAAGCAAGGUGUUAUUCAAGGAUGUGCCUUAUGAAUAUAGAGUAGAAGUCCGAAAGCACCUAACUUGCUGCAGGGAUUGCUCGAUGAAUUUUGAAAAAGAAGCUCAGAGUAUAACUAACAGUAUAAGCAAGAAAGUAUGCACUGCUAGCUUGCCAACAUGGCUCCAAAAUUGUAAGGAAGAGAGAAGUUAUGUAAUGGAAGAAGAUCAGGAAAAUGCUAGGCUUAAGGAUCUUUGCAAGAAAUGGAACUCAAUUUGCAAUUCAAUACACAGACACCCUUCCAUUCUUGAGAAACCAUUUUUAUUUGUUUCAUCCUCUCCUUCAUCUCCCACUUCUGUUUCCUCACAUGAAGGAAAGUCUAACUUGCAUCAAAGCCACCUAAAUUGGCCAAUCAUUUCUGAACCAGAAAAAGUACCAAAAGAAUGUGAGUUAUACACUGAAACUGGUGAUGAUUGCUAUGAUGGCAACUUCAUAAUGUUCAUGCCAGAAAGAAAUGUCCCUAAACCAGAUCUUUUGUCAAAUCCCAACUCUAGCCCCAACUCAGCUUCUUCAAGUGAAGCACUAGACGGUUUAGAAAGCACUGAAAUGUUCAAGGAACUUAAUGCUGAGAAUCUUAAGAUUCUGUGUGAUGCCUUGGAGAAAAAGGUUCCACAACAUAAAGAAAUUAUUCCAGAGAUUGCAAGUACUGUCCUUCGUUGUAGAUCAGGAAUGAGAAAAGGAGAGAACCAAUUGAUGAAGAGAGAAGACAAGCAAGAAACUUGUAUGUUGUUUGUGGGUGUGCAUUCUCAAGCCAAAGAGGAUAUCUCAAGGGAGCUAGCUAAGGUUGUUUUUGGCUCUUACAGUAACUUUGUCACAAUUGGUAUGAGCAGUUUCUCUUCCCAAGGAGCUGAUUCCACUGAUGAGAAAUCCAAAAGGAAGAGACCAAGAGAUGAGUUGGAAAGCACUUAUUUGCAGAGAUUUGGUGAAGCAGCCAAUGAGAACCCUCAUAGGGUGUUCUUCAUGGAAGACUUGGAGCAAGUUGAUUACUUUUCUCAAAAGGGUGUUAAGCAAGCUAUAGAAAGUGGAAGUAUAACACUUCCAAGUGGUGAGUCUGUUCCUUUCAAGGAUGCCAUUGUCAUUUUCAGUUGUGAAAGCUUCAGUUCAGUGUCAAGAUCAGCAAGAAAGUCACUAUCUGCUGAAAACAAAGGAAAAGAGACUAUGGAUGAUAAAAGUCCAAGCCUCUCUUUGGAUCUGAAUAUAGCAAUUGAAGAUGAUGGUGGAGACACUGGUAUCCUAGAAUUAGUUGAUAAGCAAAUUAAUUUUAACAUACAAGAGUUGCUAUAGGAGGGGAGAAACAAUCUUCUAUGUUAAAUUUGGGUGUUACUUUUUUUUCUGUUUUUCUUUAUGUUUUUCUCUUCUUGUAUUGUUUUUCAGCGACACUUAG